AUGGUCAAGGCUGCGGCAAUCCUGGCUCUUGCCAGCCCUGCUCUCGCUGGUGUCAUGCAAGCUCGCGGUGGCGACAGCAAGUCGUCUAGCACCUCCCCGUGCCCGACUUCCAGCACCACCAAGGGUUCCACCACCCAUGUGAAGUCCAGCUCGACUUCUAGCUCUGUGACCAAGGGAACCACUACCCAUAUGAAGCCCAGCACCACUGUCGUCACUAUUGUGACCACCACCUGCCCAGUGUCCUGGAGAAGAAGCCCGCCACCAUGUACUCUUCUGCCAUCCCUCACGUUACUGCUAGCAGUGCUGUCGUUCCCCCCUCCCAAGCAGCCUUCCGUCGUGCCUGUCAACCCGGUCCAGUCCCCUCAGCCUGUGCACCCGGCUCCCAACAAGCCAGCUGAGACCAACCCUGCGCAGCCAGUUGUCCCUGUCGUUCCUGGUCAACCCGCUCAGCCUGGUGCCCCUGCUGCUCCUGGUGCCCCUGCGGCUCCUGGCGCCCCUGCGGCUCCUGGUGCCCCUGCCGCUCCUGGUGCCCCUGCCGCUCCUGGUGCCCCUGCCGCUCCUGGCGCUCCUGCUGCUCCUGGCGCUCCUGCUGCUCCUGGCGCUCCUGCUGCUCCUGGCGCCCCUGCUGCUCCCGGUGCUCCUGCUGCUCCUGGCGCCCCUGCUGCUCCCGGUGCCCCUGCUGCUCCCGGUGCUCCUGCUGCUCCUGGCGCCCCUGCUGCUCCCGGUGCCCCUGCUGCUCCCGGUGCCCCUGCUGCUCCCGGUGCCCCUGCUGCUCCCGGUGCUCCUGCUGCUCCCGGUGCUCCUGCUGCUCCUGCUGCUCCCGGUGCCCCUGCUACCUCGGGUGCUCCAGCUGCACCUGCGGCUCCUGCCCAGCCCGCCCAGCCCGCCCAGCCUGCUCAGCCUGCUCAGCCUGCUCAAUCUCAGCCCGGUCAGCCCUUCACUGGUGCUGCUUCCGUUGUCAAGCCCGCUGCUGGUCUUCUGGCCGGUAUUGUCGGUUUGAUGGCUUUGCUAUAA